AAGUUUGACAUUUCAACCUGAAAAUAAACAUUUCAUGUCGGUAUUAAAAUAAUUCGAUUCUUUGCGUGUAAUUUCGCGUGUACUUUUGUUAUUAGGUUUAAUAAAUAAAAUAAAUAUAUUAGAUACAUAUUGAAUGUUCAUCUGAUAGUUACAACCGAUGUCAGAUACUUCAACACAAGCUCAACAAGCCCCCAAGGAAGAGCAACCUCCGUCCAAGAUACCUGAAUCCGUAAGGAAAAUAAUAUCAAUGGAAAAAGAAACCGAGUCAAACGCUAACCGCAAAUCGAGGAUUGACCUGAACGCUCUUCCGACGCGUCAGUAUCUCGACCAGACCGUAGUGCCAAUACUCCUGCAGGGUCUCUCAGCCCUGGCCAAGGAGAGACCGCCGGACCCCAUCAACUACCUGGCCGCGUACUUGUUGAAGAACAAGAGUACCUUCGAGAGCAACACCUCGGCCAACAACAACCCCCCACCGAACCCUCAACCAUAAUAUUUACACAGUUGUAACAUGCACAGCAGAUGUGUGCUGUGCAGUAAUAAUAUGCAUAUUGUAUUAGGGUUUAAAUUUUGGUUUUCAACGUUGUGACAAAGACUUAUCUGCUUAUUGAGAUAUGAGCAAUAAUAGAAUUUUCCUACACAUUAGACAUAGCUAGACAUAGAAUCCAAACUAUUGUUACAACUAAGUAUUAGUUAUUGUGAUCUUUUUUGCAAUGACAAGGGAUCUCAGUGCAUUAUAAAGUUAUGUACACACUCAAUAGCAUUAAUGCUAGUCAAUUACUUGCUCAAGUCCAAUUCGUGAUCCCAUAGAAGUUUGGACCACUCUUGACUUCCAGUCCCAAACCGUAUAAAAUAAUUAUUGUUCACAAGUACUGAAGAAAUAUGAUAGUUUUUAGACGAUAACUUUAUGCAUGUUAUUACAAAUGGACAUAGUCUUAUGAUAAAGCAGUGUACAUACAUGGGCCUUGAUAUACUAAAUGAUAAUCAUUUGAUGUUCUCAAUGGUGGCACAACAUAAGUUGAAUGUAGAAGUAAUUUUAUUUUGCUAUUUAAAAUAAAUAAUCUAAGACUUAAA